AUGUCGCACCGGGCCCUCCGGAGACUGAGAGGGAAACAGCGCGGCCAGGAGCCCCUUGGGCCUGGCACCCUGCAGUUUGGCCUCCGUGAAGAGGAUGACGCAGAAGAAGAAUUGCCAAAAAAGGGGCCAGUUGGCCAUUGCUCCCGGCCUGCAGGGAAGGAGAGUGUUCGGGUCAACAACCGGUUCGAGCUGAUAAACAGCGACGAACUUGAGGAGGAGCCUGUACUGAACGGGGACAAGCCUGACUCUGUGCCUGCUGACAUUGUGGUUUCAGGGAACAAAGAGAGAACCAGGCAUGGCUGUACAGAGGCCAAGGGUACUAGAGAUGCAAUUGGCAAGACAGCAGGUGCUGAGCAGCAGUCGGCUCCAAGCAGCAAGCUGCGCAGGAAGAGAAAGAAACACAGGCAUAAGAAGAGCGGGCAGGGAGAGGCCGAGGAAAAUGACCUGGAAGAUAUUGACCGUAUUGUAGAGAGGAUUGAGGAAGAUGGCGGCUUGGCCCAGCCCGACCCUCCACCCGUGACCUCCAGGAAGCAUGUUCUCAGUGUGGAGCACAGACACCUGAAUCCAGAUACAGAACUGAAGAGGUUCUUUGGUGCUCGGGCAAUUCUUGCGGAACAAAGGCCUCGGCAGAGACAGCGCACACACCCCAAAUCCACGUGGCUGACGACCCCCAAGAGUACCUGGCCCCGGUAUUCCAGACCAGGUCUCUCGAUGCGGCUGCUGGAGACCAAGAAGGGCCACUCUUCAUAUGCAUUCGAGCACAGCGAGGAGUACCAGCAGGUGCAACACCGAUUCCUUGCAGCUGUGGAGUCCAUGGAGCCCAACAAUAUUGUGGUCCUGCUCCAGACUAGUCCGUACCAUGUUGACUCUUUGCUGCAGCUCAGUGAUGCUUGCCGGCUCCAGGAUGACCAGGAAAUGGCCCGAGACCUUGUGGAGAGGGCUCUGUACAGUCUGGAGUGUGCGUUCCACCCUCUCUUCAGUCUUACCAGUGGGACCUGCCGACUAGAUUACCGCAGACCAGAGAACAGGAGCUUCUACCUGGCACUGUACAAGCACAUGACCUUCCUAGAGAAGAGGGGCUGCCCACGCACAGCCCUUGAGUACUGCAAGCUCAUCCUGAGCCUGGAGCCGGACGAAGACCCCCUGUGCAUGCUGCUGCUGGUGGACCACCUGGCACUGCGGGCCCGCUGCUACGAGUACCUCAUCUGCCUCUUCCAGGACUGGGAGCCUCAUCGGAACCUCUCCCAGCUCCCAAAUUUUGCCUUCUCUGUGCCGCUGGCGUACUUCCUGUUGAGCCAGCAAGCCAACCGCUCUGAGCAGGAACUGAACACUGACCGGGAGCAGGCCUCACUGCUAAUCCGUCAAGCACUCACCAUGUUCCCUGGAGUCCUCAUGCCCUUGCUGGAGUUCUGCAGCGUGCGGCCUGACUCCAUCGUCGCCAGCCACCCCUUCUUUGGACCCAACGCCCAGAUCAGUCAGUCACCUGCACUGAACCAGCUGGUCAGCCUGUACCUUGGGAGAUCACAUUUCCUCUGGAAAGAACCUGCCAUCAUGAGCUGGCUGGAAGAGAAUGUCCACAAGGUCAUUGAUGCGGUGGACUCUGGGGACCCUGCUGUGGGUGCUUGCGAGAGCAGGCGUCGGGUGCUCUACCAGCGGGCACCUAGGAACAUCCACCGCCACGUGGUCCUCUCAGAGAUCAAGGAGGCCAUCGCCACACUGCCCCCGGAAGUGACCACGCAGUCUGUGAUGGGGUUUGACCCUCUGCCUCCUGCCGACACCAUCUACUCGUACAUCAGACCGCAGAGGCAAACUCCUGUUGGCCAGGCAAACACAGUGGCCCUCUUCUUCCGAUCCUUGUUGCCGAAUUACACCAUGGAGGAGGACCGUCUGGACCAACAAGCAGGAGGUGGUGCUGGUGGCCUGGACCGCGUCCAAGGCUUCAAUAGACUGAUGAUGGCCAUGCGAGACAUGAUGGCCAACUUCCAGUUCAACGACCUGGACCUGCCUCACCUGCCUCGCCGCGAGAACCUGGAGGAUUUUAUGGGGGAUGAGGAGGAUGACGAGAGCGAGGACCAAGAUGAAGGGGAAGGGGAGUGGGACUGA